GAAGACAACAGGUACAUUCAUCCAUGUUCAUUUAACCACUAUAGUGUCAAACAUCUUUGAACUUUAAUGUAGCGAAUGCAGUCUUCAACAACAGGGAAAGCAACACAUGAAUACAGAAACAGCCACAAUUCAACACCAGUAUCAUACAAGUGUGAUUAAAUAAAAACCUGCCGCAAUAACAUCAGCUGUAUUUAAACGCACCACGAGAGCCCAGUACGAACUGAUGCACCUGGUCCCUCUCGUUAGCCAACGGAGCCUUCAGCUACCUGGUCACGUGCACACGACAGGAGUCAAUUCAUCACAGACAUUAAAAUGUGCCCGAGGAACUAAACGCAGCUAGCAGGAACUCAAGACUUUCCGUUCCCGUCCGUGCCCGUUGGAACCUGCUGCAGAUGGAGGGGCACAGUGCCAGGGCUUUUGUGAACGAGCGACUGACAGCUGCUGCCGAGGAGAUAUUUCAUGUUUUUGAACGAACCAUAACAAAAUAUGAAGAAGACGCUUCCAGCUCCAAACAGGAGAUUGAGCGUCUCGGAGGUUUGCUGCAGGAGUUUGUGUCCAAUCACAACACAGACUUUUCUCAGUCGUCCACCUGUAAAGAGGAAACUUCCCCGGAGCAGCUCCACUGUGAGCGGGAGCCGAGCGCCAGCGUCCAUCAGAGGGACCCAGACACACCACAACACAUCAAAGAGGAAGCUCAUGAACUCUGGGCCAUUCAGCAGCCAGAAGAAGAACAAGAGUUUAAGGAGGCUGAUGUCUCAUGUCUACCUCCUUCAUCUGCCUGGGUGAAAAACGAGCAGGACGACACACACCUGCCUGUGCAUCCUCGGACUCAAACCCGUGAAAGUGAGGAGCAAUUUCAGGUGGAAAUCGAAACUGUGCAUUUUGUGCUACCUCUCGCCUCACCUCUGUCGUCACAAACCCCGAUCCACAAUGAAAUGAUCCAAGAUGGCAGGGAAAACGAAAGAACUGCUGCAAGUUUUACGUCCAACCAAACACAGAUCGACCGAAGCCAGAGCGCCAUCAUCGCAUCCAGAGAAUCCCCUCAUUUAUCUCACUUGAGUUCAGUUGCACCUGACUACCGUUGCUAUUUGUGCGACAAAUCUUUUUCCUCCAAUCAUCACUUGACAAACCAUGCCUUUCGCAUCCAUUCAAAGGACGCAGAGGUCCUCUGUGCUGUGUGCGGUACAACCCUGGAGUCCACCGAAAGCCUUAACGUGCACCUAAAUUCCCACAAGGGCUCAAAAUGUUGUCACAUGUGUGGCAAACAGUGCAAAAGCAACACCGCUCUGACCGAACACAUGGCCGGCCACUCCGGGGUGAAACUGCAUCGCUGUCAUGUUUGUGGGAAGGAGUGCAGCCGGAAAGGAGAUCUGAAGAUACACAUGAGGAUUCACACGGGCGAAAAGCCUUUCUGUUGCUCUUACUGUGAUAAAAGUUUCACCCACAGCGGACAUCUGAGGAAGCACUUGAGAAGCCACACCGGAGAGCGGCCGCACCGCUGUGUCGUUUGCGGCAGAGGCUUCCUCCAGAGCACACACCUGAAAUACCACUUACGGACUCACGCUCCGUGAGUGGACCUGGAGUUUAUCAUUGUGCUCUUUGCUGACUCGGCACUAAGAGCGUCUUUCUUCUCUUUACAGCGAUGUGUAAAAGAGCAGCCGUUAAGUCAUCACAUGAUUAAUCUGACAGCCAAUCAGAGACAAAAUGAUCCGCCAUAAUGUUACAUGUUUUUAUUCUUUUUUUUUAAGUACAUUUGUUUGUGUAAAAUCCUUGAUUUCCCCUUAAAAUGGCUGAAAUGGAAACAAAAAGGAAAACCAAACUGAAUCACGGAGGAGUAAAAGGGAAGUAUGUUUUACUUUUUAUCUUUGACUUAAGCACAAAAAUAUAUUUAUAUCAUAUUUUAAUAUACGUCCGUCUUCACUGUUGACACAACCCGUGUUCUGGUGGCAACUUUUCACUUGGUAACAGCUCACAGGAAGAGUCACUAUUCUUAGUAACACAACACUGCUAUUAGCAUCCAGAACAUCUUAGUCAUUAUUUAUUUCAUGUCACAGAAUUUGAAUGAUGUUAAAUCUGUGUGUGCUGCGGAUGUGUUGGUACUUGCUGAACACCGUUAAACCACAUUAGUUAACCAAGAACCAACUGUAGCAGGAUGCAUGUAUUUAUUUAAUACUAUAUUAAUCAAGCAGCAUUUUGUGGAGCCGGUGUGCUGUUCGCUUCAGCAGCAGCUUCUCUCAUAUUAAAAAACACUUUCCCAGC